AUGGAGCCCGGCUCUGGCCUAGGCCGGCCCCGCGUGCCGCACCUUUACCUCCACAGCUUCGGCGCCCACCGCUGCGGCACUGUCAUCCGCUACGGCCGGGCCCGAGGCGCUGCCAGGCCAGAGGGCGAGGGCAGCCCAGGGGCCGGCACCCCAAGGCGGAGCGGCGACAUGAGGCGCCCUGGCCCCAGGGCGGAGCCGCCCUCUCCGGCGGGCAGGGCCCGGGACCGGCCGCAGGUGGUGAGGAGCCACGGCGGCACCCAGCCUGUCAGCCCGCACCAUGGUGACCGUCGAGAGGAUAAGGCCGACACCUUUGAUUUUCCCUUCCCUUCAAGAAAUGUUGAUAAAGCAAUGAAACGAAAGAAGCAAAAGUCUAAAGUCUGGCUUAGAGUCUGGAAAGUAAUUUCAAAAAUGCUUGAGGAAAAUGAAAAGUUCAGAAGUCGACUGUUGACUUGCAGUCAGCGUAAUGGAGAAGGCAGCGAUAUGAACCAAAGUUCACAGAAUGAGGCAUCCUAUCUGGACAGGGAGGAGCCCAUCUUUGGCUGGGUAUAGCAAGAAAAUAAAGGAAGAUUGAAUCUGACAGAAAUAAAAAAGUAGUGAUAUUUUCACUUUUGAUCUAGUUCUUACUGACAUCAGUGGCAAGACUACAAGUGAUUUCACUGAACACUGGAUAAGGUCCUCUGUUUUUUGUUUGGCAUAUGUGUUUCUAUGGUUUAAGA